AUGUCGUCAAUCGCAUCGGAGAGAGGACUGUCGCUGUGCUCGCAAGGGUACGGCAGAAUCAGAGACUCGGCUUGGGUGACAUGGCUCAGCCAUGCUCCGCUGAACGAACAAGGAGCAAUAGAGACCGUCAGGAAUGCACACAGUGGAGCCAUAUGUUGCUUCAUAGGCACAACAAGAGAUUCCUUUGAGGGCAAACAAGUCACCCAGCUGGCCUACGAAUCGUAUGAAAGCAAGGCACUCAAGACGAUGAGCACCAUUGCACAGCUCACACGUCAGAAAGCGCUCGACGGCCAUUUCUCAGACCCUGCAACACUUGCUGCUCAGCCACUUGUGGCCCGUACACUCCAGCGGAUCACUAUCCAGCACCGACUGGAUAUCGUACCUCCGGGAGAGACAAGCAUCAUUGUUGCUGUAGCUUGUCCCCAUCGCUAUGAGAGCGAUACGCUGACGAUGCUACGCCAGCCUGGAAGCAGAACUUUCCGCAAACACUCGCUGAUCGACUCGCUUGAAGCUACACACAAUGAAAGCAGUCUACUCAUUCUCCGCAUUGCUGGUUGCGCUCUCCCAUGCAAGCGCAAGCGACGUCAUUGCUCUCUUCACCGACGGUCAGUUCUACGACAUCCUAUGCGGUGGUGCGCCGCUCUUCAACGGACCCCAAUGUACCAAUACGGGUCUCGAGUGCAAAGGCUAUGUUGUCAAGAAGAACGGCGUCGAUCAGUACUGUCCGGGCAAUGCAGGCGUAGCGUCUUGCUACCGCUCGCCCAAGACCUCUUGCGCGUCGGUCUAAGUCUCGCAUGUACGCGCGUCUCACGAUGUCGCCGCAAUGCAAUUGCCGUCGUGACUAGCUCUCGCGACUUGACUUUGACUGCCUCUCUGCUGAUCACACAGGCUACUAUGUUGCGCCUCAUUGUCUGCUUCCUUGCCGCCUUGGUAGCUUCGACUAACGCCACCACUGGCAAAGCUGCUCUGGUCGAUUCGCAAGUUUAUGCUAUCUCGUGUCCCGGCAACUAUGUCCUCCAGAAUCUUUUGACCGGCAUCUGCGGUCAGUCUGAUACGUUCCCGGCGCAGCUACCUGCUCUCCGUCGUCGUGCUGAGCACACGGAAUUGGCUGUGGUCUAA